AUGCCUCACUCGUUCGGUUACAGGGCCCGCACCCGCCACCUCUUCGCGAGGAAGUUCCGCCAGCAUGGUCCGGUCCACCUCUCGACCUACCUGCGCCCCUACCACGCCGGUGACAUUGUCGACAUCGUCGCCAACGCCGCCGAGCAGAAGGGCAUGCCGCACAAGUACUACCACGGCCGCACCGGUGUCGUCUACAACGUCGCCCCCCGCGCCGUCGGUGUCAUCAUCUACAAGGUCGUCGGCAACCGCUACAUUGAGAAGCGCGUCAACGUCCGCGUCGAGCACGUCCGCCACUCUGGCUGCCGUGACGACUUCCUCAAGCGUGUCGCCAAGAACGCUGAGCUGAAGAAGGAGGCCAAGGCCAAGGGUGAGCGUGUCCAGAUCAAGCGUCUCCCCGCUGCUCCCCGCGAGGCACGAACGGUCUCGACCAAGAAGAACCUGCCCGAGACCCUGGCUCCCCAGCCCUACGACACCUACAUCUAA